UUGUCAGCUUGAUGGCUGUCUGCUAUUCUAACCUAAAUGUCCAAAUGUUGUUAUGCAGAGUUUUCUAUGAACAGCUUUGAUUACAAGUAUUUUAUAACAAAAUUUGGUUUGCUUGAAUAAUAUUUAUCAUGCGGGUUGCCAGUAGAAAAAAUAGGCCCAAUGCUUCUCCAGAGAAUAUUUUGUACGAGUUGAUGCUUUACACAGAAUGGAAUCAAGAAUCUGAUGCAGUGCGUUCAUUGUACAAAUGUGGUGAUAAAGGUUCCUCCUUUUACCGCAUUUUUAGGCCAUGGGAUUAUUUCAAGAAAUGCGAGUCACUUUUGGACGAGGUUGGAAAUUUACAGAACAACCUCCUAGGUUGGAAUUUCGCCAUAGGAGACGUAGGAACUGUCCUUGCCAUCCUCCAAGAUUCACUGCUGGAGAUAAGGACCCCUCGUGAUGACUUCUCCUCUGUUGUUGGCAAAGCUACAGUUGCCCGAGACAGUUGUCAGCAGUGGCGGAGACUGUGUUGGAGCCCUGACUGCUCCAUGCUUGCUCUAGCUUUCAGCAAUGGAGCAGUGAACUUCUACGACCUGUUCGGCAGUAACUUGUUCAAUAUUCCUCCUCCUAGUAACAAUAAAGAAUCACAAAUCUGGAAUCCAGAACACAGUCUGGCAGGGAUGUUUUUUAUCAGUGCCAGAGAUAAAAACCAAAAGUGGCCGUUUGAGCUGAUUCUGGUGGACUACGGAGGUAAUUUGCGAAGCUACAACAUUUCUCCGACUGAAGGUUUCGUGGAGUUCCACCGUUACAGCUUCAGUAAGGGAGGAGUCUCUGCAGUAUCAUGGGAUCCAUUUCACAACCUCCUUAUUGUAUCAUCGGCUCCCGAGCACAAAUAUACCGAUCUGAAGAGAGAGUCGCUGGGCUGGGGAAUCAGUGCUUGGCGGCUGCUCAACGACCAACCGUUCUAUCGGCUAGCCGUACCUUCAGCUGAGGACAUUGCAAAAGUGGAAGCUCGUAGAGGGAUCGUCUCCUGGGUCUCAUCGUUCUAUUCUUCUACUACUUUUAGUGUUGUUUUCAAGAUGGUGUUGUCUCCAAAUGGUCAGCACCUAGCAUGUCUGCAUACGUGUGGCACUGUUUCCAUUUGGUUAAUGCCGUCACUGAGGUUGCAUGGUCUGUGGAACUUGAGGGAUCAGCCCAAUUUUGAUGUUCAACCAGAUAACGUGAAGAAGAAGUCUCGAGCGAGUCAGCUGGAAGAUUUCUAUCCAGUUGACAUCAGUUGGUGGGCAGAGGAAAAGGUGAUCAUUGCCCGGAGGAAUGGUGCUGUAAGUGUGUGCGAGCUGAGCGAACUGCGCAACAUGUUAGGGGAGACCCCUGAGUUCGUACAUGGUGAGCCACGACUGUCACCGGUCAGCACACAGAAGGGCAUCCUCGUGCUGGAGUGUGAAAUAGACAACAGUCAGGAUGAUAACAGCAGCAGUGAGGAGGAGGAAUCUCUGGUACACAAGAGCUCGGCUCUGGUGCAGACAACGGUGUACCUCAUCACAGACAUGGAGAGGUUCCAGCCCAAACGGAAGAAGGCGAAGGUGCAGCGGCGCACGUUCAGGCUGCUCGGCAUCAAGAGCACAACUCCGGAUGAACUGUUUUCUCGGAAGAUAGAUGCUGGGGAGUUUGAUGAGGCGUUACAACUAGCUCAUAUGUACAACCUCGACACAGACCGAGUUCGUCAGAGUCAGUGGCGAAAUAGUCCAGUAUCUGAGGACACUAUCCGUGAUUAUCUGAGUGAAAUCAGCAAGAAGAGGUGGGUGUUUGAAGAGUGCCACGAGAGAGUCCCUGAUACCCUUGCAGCUGCUAGGAGACUGAUUGAGUUCGGUCUCAAGAUCACUUCUAUUCAGGCGUUGGCAGAUUUAGCAUCAGAUGAAAGCAAUGAAGAUGAUAGUGAAACAAUCGAGGAUAAAACAAUUAAGGAUGGAGAAGACUUGCCAUCAUCUCCUACAGAGAGACUAUCAGAAGACCAAAAGUGUUUGAUAGUCACCAGAAGGACGCUUCUACGGUUCUCUGACAGACUUCAUACUUACGAGCAAAUAAUUAACUCGUGCGAGGAAACUUAUGACAGAGAGAUGUAUGACAAGUUCCGGCGACAACCUUUGGUGCUCUCAGCCAUAGAACUGGCUCAGAAGUCUGAUCAUCGAGCUGUAGGCCUCCUCCUCACCUAUCAGGGACAGGGGACUCUGCCCUACUGGCUCACCGUGCUCUCCAACUUCCCGGAGACGACCAAUCCUACGGCUUACAAGGAUCUUCUUCCAGAAUGUAGUGCAGAGGGAGAGAUUUUUCCGUGGGAGCAGUCCAAGAUCCGUGAUGAAGAUUGGUGUGAAAAUAGCCAUUUUGAUGUUUUAGAACCGGAGGAGGACAUGUCAGAGUACAGCGUCCCGGAGAGAGACGAACAACUCUCAGUGGAAGUGGUGGAGGAGUGGUACAGAAACAGAGUUUAUCAACUGGAACAGUACAGCAACAUGGUGGACCAGCCUCUGGAACUGGUGAAGCUAGCACGUGAACGGAACAUCAAGGGGCUGGACUGUCUAUUCAGUGAGCUGGUCACUCUGGACGUGCUGGUGUACGAUGUGGGCAUGGAUGACAUCUCCUUGCGUGACCUGGAGGUCAUGUCACACCUGCAGAAAGCCCAAGCUCUCAUGAGUGAGUCAAACGAAGACAACUUUGUAGAGAAUCUGCGGCACAGACUGGUGCCGUUCCUACAGCGCUGCGAGAGACUGCAGUCUCUGUCUCGUAGACAACUAUUGUCCCAGUUUCUAUCAGAGAUCAGCUCUAAGGGCCUCAGACUCCCGUUGAAGAUGUUCGACUAUUGCACGAAGGAGCCUCACAAUCUGAUUAUUCCUGAGACAGAAGAACUGAUCGUGUUGGCGCUGGAUUCUGUCUACUCCUACCAGGACACAGAUCAGCUGUCCGUAGUGGACACCAUAUUACGGAUCCUCCCUACAUCAUCACUUGGGACAAGUGCUGCAGAACUGUUUGACAGAGUGGAAGCGGCUCAGAGCGAGCUGCGGGUGGCGGUCAUACUCAGAGGGCGGGGACACCCACUCAACCUGCACUACAUACAUAGCCACCGAGCGGACACGGAUACAGCUAGAGCACUGUUCUUGGACCUCUCUACCACUCUUGGCAACAGGGUUCCAGCUGCCUCAGACACAGAUUGGAAUCAGCUGCUGCAGGAUUUGCUUCAGAUGCAGAACCUAGUAUUCACAUGUGUGCCGUUAAACUUGUGUUAUGAGGUGUAUACGGUAGCGGUGCUAGCCAGCGGGAACAGUGCGGUGGUGAGGACGGCAGUGCGGAGUCUCUGCUGUCACUCGGAGGAGAGAGAUCGCAAGCCUCUCAGUCUGCAACGCAGCGUGGAGCUGGUACUACAGGCCGCUACUAACUACUUUGAUGCAGCCGCCAGUCUCACCGAUCCCAACAUCAGACUGGCCAAAUCGUGCCUGAAUCUUAUCACUGAGGAUAACCCUGAAAUCCAAGAGGAGAAAGACCUGAUAACUGCGCUGCAACUGCUCAAUGAAUUUAAGAUCAACUUGUUGCCCUUGCAAGUUCGGCUGUGUACAGAGCGCAUGCGGCUGAUCGAGUCCUGCCUGAUGUCUCGCCCCACUGCGUACAAGGACCACCACAAGUUGCUGUCUCUCGCCCACAAGUUGAGAAUAUGUGGGAAGGACUCGAGACAGCGUGAGGGCACUAUAUUAGUCCGUGUCGCCAACAUCGCAUUCGAGGCGAGGGACUACCAACACUGUGCAGAGAUAUGCCAACAGCUGAUGGAACGCAGGCACGCCAUUGGCUGGGAGAUCACUCAGCAGCUCGGUCAGUGUGGAGAGUUCUGGGACCUGGCGACGAGGAGAAGACUGAUAUCAUUUGCGCUCGUCCAUUGUCCAGAUGAUAAGGUGCAAGAACUCAUGGAAUCUAGAUGUGAGCUUGAGUAUAAGAGGCUCCAAACAUUCAUUUACCAACAGACAGGGACUACCGAAACUCCUUCUGAAGAUGAAGAGUUCUUGGAUGCUGUCACUUCUCCUCAGUCUCCAACCAAAGAGUUCUUACCACAACUGUCAUCGACUCUCCACAACACCUCCAAGCUAUUGACUCAGUUGACAAAGACUGGCUUUUGGAAGGAGAAGCUUUUACACAAGGACAACAGUAAGGACAUGGAGAGCCGGAGGAAAGCAGAUCCCAGUAUGUCCUUGCAAGGAUUCCCUGAGUUCUACCGCUCGCUACAUGACCGCUGCCACCAGAGCGUGCUGUCCGCCGACUACAGUGGGGAGGCGGUGGUGGACUGGCGACAAUACCAGUUAAUGCAAGCAAUUUUGCAGGCAUCACUUCUGCAGCAGGAGAAACUGCCCCGACACCUACUUCGCGAUAUGGACAACGUACUGGUGCACUUCGCUAGCCUGCUGCUGCCGGAGGACUCGUGUGUUGGGUUGGCAACUCUAUUGUCCCUCUCCAAACCUGAGGCCAGUGAUCAGUGUUUCUCGUGUCUGCCUCUCACCGAGCUCACCCUGCAACUAGCUGUGUACUUCCUGGCACUCCUGCAGACACUCCGCCAUGACCAACAGGCCUUCCUGUGGACUCCUGACCAGGUUCUGGCCUGGGCCAUGAACCAUUCAGAUGACAUGGCGGAAGGCUCUCAGCUGCUGACCAAGGCUCUCAUUCAGCUAAAGAACUUUGAGCAGAGCAAACGAGUGGAGCAGCUCAACUGUGGGGUCAACGUGAGGCGCUUCGCUUGGGAUGAGCAGUACAAGAUUGACUCCAUACUGGGGCUGGCCACGUGUGAGGAGCGGGAGAAGCUGCAAGCAGCGCUACAGCUGGGUUCUACUCAUGGAGUGGAGGGCUGGGAGAUUGUGUUCAGUCAUGUCCGCAGUCUGUUGCUCUCCAACAGUAACUCUCUGUCCGAGCGUCUUGGGGACAACCGUCUCACUCAACUCCUCAGAGACCAGUCGGAAGUAGUGGUGAAAAAACUGCAAGAGAGUGUGUUGCCCGCACUGAGCGGCACCAACCACAGUCAGCUGAUCAGCUACUACACAGUACUGCAGGCUGUGGCUCCCAGCUUUGCUGUCAAUGGACUGGUGCCGCGGGAUCAUGUGAAGCUCAUCAAGAAAGUCAAGGCCACUUCAUCUGAGAUUGACUACGUGCGGCUCGUGACAAAGCCGAGUGAGGUGAUGGAAGCUCUCAAGCCAGCCGUAAUGAAGGACACUAUCGCGAGUGUGGCAAAACUGGUGAAAGAACUCCUGAAGACGCUGCCGCAGCUACAAGGUCACAUUACCGUCGGUGGCCUCUACGCGGACUGGGCCGUUGUGCAGUUCAAGGCCGAGUGUCUGAGCGCAACUUGUAGGCAACCCCUGGAACAGUUUGAAGCUCUGCGGAUGUACUUCCAGAAGAUGAGUGCGGCAGACCUGCUCAGUUUUGUGAAGAGAGCGAUAUUUUGCCACCAGAGUGUCCUGAAACUGGAUGUGGACUCAAGGGAGGCCAUGAUAGACGUUGUGCUGAACUGUGGCCGCCAGCAGCAUCUCACAAAUGAGAAUCCAGAUUUCCUAAAGAUCCAAGAAUUGAAAGACUACCUACUGCAAGUUUGGUAUUUGGAAAGAGACUCGUCCAAGAAUAUCAGAAACUAUCUUGUACGGCUAGAUGAAGCCUGCGGGGACUCCGAUGCCAUCUCUACCAUUAUACAGACAGCCUUGUUGGAUGCCUCAGUUUCGACUCAUGUUUUACAGAAAAUCGCCAAACUGUCCCACAAAAAAGCGUUGAGCAACUAUAUCACUGACUUGUUACACUCUCUGCCAUCCCAAGCAUCAUUUAUCACCACAAUACUGCAGCGGGUUGAAGACUGUUUGGCUCAUGGGGAGAAAGGAGACUCUUGGAGUAUUCUCAUUGGUCCGUUGACGGAGAGAACUGAACUUCCUACCAGCAUUCGUAAACAGGCUGCCCAGAUUUCUCAGAGGCUGGGAGCUAACUACAAUGAAGAACUGGAAGCCUUAAGACUGCGGACUGAGGCUGUGCUCCGGACACCGGUGAAACUGUCCCAAGUGUGUGACCAGAACAGCCGCUACCUAAUGUUCAAACAUCUGCUGUCCCAAAGUGACUCCUGGGACACCCUGCAGCAACUCAGCCUGCUGCUCUCCACCUGGCCAGAUGUUGAUACGAGCUGGUAUCUUGAGCUGAUAGAGACUAUGGCUGAAGUUUCCAAUGGUGAAAAGUUCCUCACGCUGCAAAGAAUAUUCAGAAAGAAUGUGUUUGAAGAAGAAGAGGUUGCACAUUUGAUCUCGAGGCUUGAAGAUUGUUCUGAUGGCGUGUUCACUAUAACUUUGUGCCUCAUUCCGGAAUUUAAAAGGCUUCAUUUGAAAGGUGCUCAUCUACUACGCAAACUUCCAAGUGAGACACUGAUAUCGAAGGAACUAGCAAGAAGAGUGGUUGAGACUGAGCUAUUGGGAGAACUGGUACAAUCUCCCAUCUUCCCCCGAAUAAAGGAGGUGCUGUUACAAUCAAGUAAAGACUUGUGCGAGCGAGCGGCCGAUCAGCUGAUUGCAGCUAACUGUACUGAUGAUGCCAUUGUGUUCCAGCAAGCUUCAACUUGCCUGUCUUAGCAGACCAGGUUCAUAUAACCAACCUUGUUACAUUAUAUAUGUUAUACUGUGCUGUUAUAAUUUAAUAAAAUAAUAAAGUUAUUUAUAUUUUA